AUGACUACUAAUAAAAUUACAUUUUGUCUUAAUUGGGAAGCUACUCCUUAUCAUAUACCAGUAUAUCUCGCAUUAACAAAAGGAUAUUUUAAAGAUGAAGGUUUAGAUAUUGCUAUAUUAGAACCAUCAAAUCCUUCUGAUGUUACCGAAUUAAUUGGUUCUGGAAAAAUUGAUAUGGGAUUAAAAGCAAUGGUUCAUACAUUAGCUGCAAAAGCAAGAGGAUAUCCAGUGACAUCAAUUGGUUCAUUAUUAGAUGAACCUUUUACAGGAGUUUGUUAUUUAGAAUCUUCAGGUAUUAAUUCAAAUUUUGAACUGUUAAAAGGUAAAAAAAUUGGUUAUGUUGGAGAAUUUGGUAAAAUUCAAAUUGAUGAAUUAACAAAAUAUUAUGGAAUGACUCCCGAUGAUUAUACUGCUGUUAGAUGUGGUAUGAAUGUUGCAAAAUAUAUUUUAGAUGGUAGUAUUGAUUGUGGAAUUGGUAUUGAAUGUAUUCAACAAGUUGAAUUAGAAGAAGCUUUAAAACAACAAGGUAAAAAUCCAAAUGAUGCAAAAAUGCUUAGAAUUGAUAAAUUAGCUGAAUUAGGUUGUUGUUGUUUUUGUACAAUUCUUUAUAUUGCAAAUGAUACUUUCAUUAAAGAAAAUCCAGACAAAGUUAGAUCAUUUAUGAAAGCUAUUAAAAAAUCAACUGAUUACAUCUUAAGUAAUCCAAAACAAGCAUGGGAAGAAUAUGGAAAUUUUAAACCUCAAAUGAUUUCAAAUUUAAAUUCAAAAAAAUUUGAAAGAUGUUUUGCCUAUUUUUCUGAUUCUUUAUAUAAUGUUAAACGUGAUUGGAAUAAAGUUAAUAAUUAUGGUAAAAGAUUAGAAAUUUUACCAAAUGAUUACGUUCCAAAUUAUACUAAUGAAUUUUUAUCAUGGCCUGAACCUCAAGAAGUUGAAGAUCCAUUAAAAGCUCAAGCUUUAAUGGCUAAACAUCAAGAAGAAUGUAAAGAAUGUGGUGGAUAUAGAAGAUUGAUUUAUACUUAA